UUUGAUAUUUUAACACGAUAAUGUAGCUAAAUAUUAUCUAUCGUAUUCCAGAAUGAGUACUACUGUUGCUGAUCUAAAAUUGGAAAGAUGAGUUCCGACGGCAACCUCCCCUCAAAUUCGAAUUCAAGACGUACUAUACGGCAGCUGAUUGAUCAGCUUAACAAUCAACUGAGCGGUAGCGCAGCUGAUAAUUUGCAAGUCAGAGAGAGUGUUCAAGAUAUUAAUCAAAGCCUAAGGCCAAACCCGCCAAGGAGCAGUGCCCAAGAGAAUCAGUUGCAAAAUGCUCAACAGCCAACUUCUAGCGCUUCACUAACGGCUUCUCUGAAUGUCAAUCCAGCAAUUUCUGAGCACCGUCGGUUAUUUAGUCGGCAAUCUCGAAUUCAGCCGUAUAGGAGACAAAAUGGUAGAAGCUCAAGUCGAACUGCAUCCAGAGGGAAAACUAUCACAAAGUCAAUAUUUUGCUUGGCAAGAAAAGAUCAGACACAAGUUUCCUCGGCAUCAGAAAAGCUUCAACUGCACGAAAACGGUUUGGGGGAGAAACGUAUUUCAUUUCCUUCUACAGCAUCGAGUGGUGAAGUAAAAGACAUUUUGUACAAACACUAUCCUGUACUAAAAUAUGUAGGCGGGAUGCAACUACUUCUCUCAAAAGAAUCUGCCCGAAAGGAACUACACGUGGUUUCCCAUGGUUGCUGUAAUGCUGAACAACUUAAAUGCUUUGGUACUGGGCGUGUAUAUAUCCGCCCUCUACAGAAGGAUAUACCACUUGAAAAAAACGACAAUACUGAUGUGCAGUUUGAAGAGUGUCUUUCUUGUCAAGCAUUGAUUGCUAUUAAUGAAAUGCAGGAACAUCUAAAGCAAUUGUGGCAGUGUGAGCUAUUGACUGAACACAAGUGA